AGUCACUGCAGCUCGUGUUUAAAUCGAGGCGCUCUUUACUCUUGUUUGGUAUUGUCUCUCAGGAUGCAAAAGUUAACAGUGAAAUAACAACCUUGGUCUUUGUGCAUAUUUUUGCGUGGAGAAAAUUGAACUAAACGCCACACAAACGUAUCCCAGAAACGGGUGAUUGUUGGGCUAUUUAUCAAGAGAAAAGCGCCCGUAUUUCAAAGCACGGAGAAAAGUGUACACAUAUUAGCUAGCACGCGAGCUAGCAAGCGUUUAGCGAAUUGUGUUGUCUCUUUUUCGCCUCAAGUGCACGUCUACCCGCAUACCUGGACUAUUUCAAGGAUAAUAAUUUUUGAACUUUUUCAAUUUUUUUUAAUCUCGUACUUACGCACUGAUAACAGCACGAGCAGCAGUCGCGUGCUAGCGACAGUUAAUCGUGAGGCCUGUUGUGUGUUGUCUAUUAAAAAUGACGAUUAACAUCUUCAUCCGCGGGUGUUUAAUCGCAAAAGAGCAUGUUUUUGCAUUUUGAGGUAAUCUGGAUCCUACACAUGAGAUGUAGGGGUUGAACUUAACCAUAGCCUGACUAUAAGCUAUAUCAAGUAUACAACCGCUUGUUUGUACUGUUCAGAUUGAUCAUCUCUGUCUGGAGCAACGACCAUAUCAAGCGAAGCUGUGACAUGUUAACAGGCAUAAAACUCAAACCGGCAUCCCUGCUUGUGAGUCAUGUCAUCUUACACUCUUUGUCUGUGGCGUUGGGUAAAGCCUGGUUAGUUGUUUUCUCACAGUUGUUCCUUAUUGGGAGUCAGCAGCUUCGCUCUCUAUAGCUGAUCGGCCCGCUCCUCUCGGUUUGUUUAUAAACUACAAUCGCCGAAAUGAAUCCGAUAAACGCCACCUCUCUGUACGUGUCGGCAUGUCGCUCUCUAAUGCAGUGCGAUCCACAAAACCCCGAAACGUGUGCAGAAUUGUUCAACGUCCUGGCCUUUUUUAGAGAUUCACUUUCCUGCCUGGUGUGCGGGAAUUUGCUUCAGGAUCCAAUUGCUCCCAAAAAUUCAUUCUGCCAGCAUUAUGUUUGCGAGGGCUGUCGAGGUAAAAAGAUGUCACUUAAGCCAUCGUGCAGCUGGUGUAAAGACUGGGAUCAAUUUGAGGAAAAUAAACAGCUUCAGAUUCUGACCGACUGCUAUAGGAGUCUUUGUGAGUACGUCUCUGUGUGCAUCACAAAUGAGCAGAGCACCUCGGGGGUCAAAGGUUAUCCUGAGGUGAAGAAAUUGUUGGAAGAAGUGUUAGGCGUGAAGGAGGAAGAGGAAGAGUCCAGCGUUUUUGAUGCGCAGAGCCCUGCAAGAGACACUUUGGAUGCUCCUCACAUUAAAAUGGAGGCGAGUUCCCCAGAAUGUACUGCUGACGUUGAAGAGUCUGGCUCUGAUGAUGUAACGGACAACCUGUUGACACAAACUGAAUUAGAGACGCACGAGCCAGCCGUCGUCAAUGUGAAUGAACCUUUAAAUACUACAGAACUAGAGACAGAUGCUGUUAAUGUCACAAACAGCAAUGUAGGUCAGGUGACUGUUGUGGAGAACCCCGAAUCGGAGUCUGUGAGCAGGGACCACUGCAAUGCUCAACAGCACAAGCCUGGAGUACCAUGUGGACAGACUAAUACGGCAACAGAGCCAUGUCAGCAGUCACCAGGCCAACCUCAGACGGGUAUGACGUGUCUCGCCGCACCCCACAGAAAAGUGAGAGUGAGCCGAAAGCGCUCUCGCUCGGAGAGCGACAGCGAGAUGCUCCAGCCUCUGCCCAUCGCCAGCCUCAUGCAGGGUCCCCCGGUGGCGCCCACAACACCUCCAAAGGCACCGUGCGAACAUAAAGCUCCCUCAUCACCUACUGCUGUGGUCACUAACGGAGGUAUCCUAAAGGUCAACAAGGCCAUGUUGGAUUUAACGAAAAACAUACAGGUAAACACAGACGCGGGUAAUAAGAAAGUUCAGCCUAAGAGUAAAGUUGCGGUCACCAAGUCAAAAGGCAAGACGAAGGACAGGAUGCUCCCUGCUAGCAUGUUAGCGGGACAGCCCACCAAAGUUGUAUACAAAAAGACACAAGAAAAGAAAGGAUGCAAAUGCGGAAGAGCAACGCAGAAUCCAAGUGUUCUUACCUGCAGGGGACAGCGGUGCCCUUGCUACUCCAACCGAAAGGCCUGUUUGGACUGCAUCUGCAGGGGCUGUCAAAACUCAUACAUGGCCAACGGUGAGAAGAAGCUGGAGGCAUUUGCCGUGCCGGAAAAAGCCCUGGAGCAGACAAGGCUCACGCUGGGAAUCAACCUCACCAGUAUUUCCGUUCGAAAUGCUGGCUCCAACGCUGGGGUUCUCAGCCUUUCUGCAGGCUCCCCCAUGGCCUCUUUUCUCGCUUCAAGUGCUGACGAGGACCAGAAUUUCGAAGAUGCUCUCGAAAUGCAUUUUGACUGUUGAUAGCUGUCCUGCUACUGAUAUCGCUCGCUCAUAAGUGGGCGGUGACUUUAAGGCAGCCAUGGUUGAUUCCCAGUUUAGUCUGACAGAAAUUGUUUACCAAAAUUCUUGUAAUUUUCACAUUUGACUUGUACCACCACACACACACACACACACUGCUGUAAUGAAAAGUUACUGUGAAGCUAAGUGUUAUGGCAUUUUUAUUUGUUGUUUUUAUUUUGAAGGAACCGCACGCUUCUCUUUGUGACAUGAACAGAAAAUCUGUUGAAAUCAUUUUAAGUCAUGUUAACAAUGACCCGAAACUUAAAAGAAGUUUUUGUAUCAUAAAUUCCACAAUGCAGUUUUUGUCAGCUAACAUUUUCAUCCGAAAACUGUCCCACAACAACUGUUUAACAUGCUGAAAUUUGUUUACAUUCUGCUGUGACGAUUUGUCAUGGUGAUUUAAGCUUGUUGUUAAAUAUAUAUAUGAUGCUUCAAAAUAUUAAUUGAGGGUAAUAUUAUACACAUCUAUACAUUAUCUGUAUUGUCUGUUAAAGGAACUCACACAAAUUUACUUUUGGUGAAAGACGUAGCACUUAGUCCCAAUAGUGUUCAUGGGUUUAGAGACCUGUAGACUUGUACUGGUUGCCAUAGUGAUCAUUUCCUCAUCGUUUUCUCUACAACUCAUUUGUAGGACUGUUUGGACUGGGAUAGUGAGGAAAUUAUAGCCCUCUUUUAAAAUGUAUGCUAUAAAGAAGAUGAUUCAAUGUU